AUGCCUGACAAUACCAAUCAUCGCCGAUCUAAUUCCAUCCGAGGUAUUUCCACGCGAGUCAAUCGGUUACCAUUGAAUAUUAAAUUGGCGGAUCCAGAGUUCCACUUACCACGUUCGAUUGAUUUAUUAGUGGGUUCAGUAAUGUCGCUAUCGUUGUUCGCAAUCGAUCAGAUCAAUCUUACGCGAGAAGGCUAUGAAUUAUAUUUACAAAAGACACGAUUAGGCUGGGUAGUAGCUGGUGGAGCAUCAUCACAAAGGGCAACAGGACUCUCAAUAUGUCACUCGACUAAUCUCGAAAGUCUGGUGCUUCAAUUUUGGACGAUAGAAGAAAUCGCGACGAAUAGACCGUUAUCUGAAGAGGAAAGUAUGUGCGAAGCACAUUUUAUUAGAACUGUCUUUCGUGGCGAUGACGGUCGUUAUUCAGUUCGCUUGCCAUUUCGCGAUACGAACAAACGUCUAGGAGAAUCGCGGUCCGUGGCGCUUAAACGUCUAUUAGCAUUAGAGCGCAAACUUAACACGAACAUGACUUUGAAAUCGGAUUACACUCAAGUGAUAAACGAGUAUUUGAAAUUAAAAUAUAUGUCUUUGGUAGAAAAUCCCGAUGAAGAAGGCUAUUACAUGCCCCAUCACGCGGUACUUAAAGAAUCGAGUGAAACCACAAAGGUACGAGUAGUCUUUGACGCUUCUGCGAAGACAAGCAAUGGGGUAUCGUUAAACGACUUACUUAUGGUAGGUCCCACCGUGCAAAAUAAUUUAUUCGCGCACUUAAUUCGAUUCCGUACGUACAACUGUGUCAUUAUAGCCGACAUCGAGAAAAUGUAUCGCCAAGUAGCUUUACAUGAAGACGAUCGGCGAUACCAACGCAUUCUUUGGCGCCACAACGGCAAGAUCGAAAUGUUUCAGUUAAACACGCUCACCUUCGGCGUGUCUUCCUCACCAUUCUUAGCAAUUCGCACUCUUCAACAGCUCGCAGAUGACGAAUCUCUCGUCCAUCCUCGGGCAUCCAAGAUUAUUAAAUCUCAUCUGUAUGUGGAUGAUUUGCUCACUGGCGCUGAAACGUUCGAUCAAGCCCGAGUGAUACGAGAUGAAAUAAUCGCAUUGCUGGUCAGAGGCGGAUUCACUUAUCCGUCAAUGGGCAUCAAAUGA